AUCUCCUUGUGAAUCUGUAGGUUGUCAGUGCUGUCCUGAUAGCAGUGGGGAUCUACGCCAAGGUCGCCAAGGAGAAAGAUGUAGUCGACACUCUGACAGUGGAUCCAGCACUGCUGUUGAUCCUUGUUGGUUCUUUGAUGUUUCUCAUCACCUUUUUGGGAUGUUUUGGAGCUCUGCGAAACGCCACCUGUUUGCUGAAAACGUUCCUUGGCAUCCUGGCUGUUGUUUUCCUCCUUCAGAUUGCAGCUGGAGCAGUAGGAUACGUUUUUACAGACAUGGUGAUGGAAAGGACAGAAAAGCUGAUGUUGAAGGCAAUUGUCCGCUACAGGGAGGAUCGGGACCUGGAGAAUGCCAUCGACUACAUACAGAAGAAGUUCCAGUGCUGUGGUGUAGAGGGGUAUAAGGACUGGUCCAAUAAUGUGUACUUUGAGUGUUCAACGAACAAUCCCAGUCUGGAAGCCUGUGGAGUUCCCUUCUCAUGCUGCAAGCACCUGAAGAACCAGACAGUGCUGAACACCAUGUGUGGUUAUGGGAUGCAGCAGGAAGAGGAAGGCCCAGCUAAAGCAGACAUCUUCACGGAUGGGUGUCUGGACAAGAUUAUCAUGUGGGCCAUAAACAACUUGCGGUUGGUGGCCGGUCUGACUGUCGGCCUGCUGCUGCUUGAGGUAUGCAUGAUGACUCUGGCUGGUGCUCAGGUUGCCUGGAUACAGAAAGUCCAACGGAGACAGAAAGAAAGUGACGUUCGGGGCAGAGAGGAGAGGAAGGAGAGGCUCUGGUUUCCUGCAUUUGCCGACUUUGAUGAUGAAUAAACCAGAUGGUUAAAAUCGUGAGAACAUGCAGGAGGAUUCUGCACCAACACUGUGAAAUUUACAGCAGGUCUCAGAAGGCAGAGUAACUACCAGCUCAUCUGAGACAAAAGGACUGUAUGCUGAAGCUCUCUCAGGUGAAUCACUGUAACAAAAAUCUGACACUGAAAAACAAUUGUAGAAAGAUCUCGAGGAACCAAAAGACAAGACCCAUAAUGUUCUGAAAAGUUGCUUAUUUUAACAUGUGGGACAGAAACAUCCUUUGGAGAUGAUGCAAGAGUCCAAUCCUCAGGAGAACAAAGUAGAACCAGGAAUCUAAAAUGUUAGUGGGAGAAAAAAAAUACAAUUUCCUUUGAACUGUCUUCAAGGUCAGGGUUUCAGACUUUACAUUAGGCCUUUAAAAGCUGCUCACCAUAGUGGGAAGCUGUUAGAGGUGUUCUGGACCCCCAACUGGACCACAUCCUAAUCCCACCUGUUCCUAUUUCCCUAACUAGGUCAUUAUUGUGCUUUUAAUCUGAGGUGGAUUAGUAGCAGGAACACCUGUGACUGUUUGUUGCUGCAGGGCUGCAGUCAUGUGCGCCCUCAUGCUUGCUUUAUUGGAUUAAUGACAUCAGGGUGUAGAGGUGUGAGUGUUUGUUGUGUAGGACUGACUAUAGUCCAUCAUAACCUGGCCUUUUGUGCUGGACCAUGGAGUAAGAUGUAUGUAGUCUUAAUUUUACCAAAAGCUAACACAGGUAAAGAAAACUGAGAAGAGCAGUUUUAUUUAAUACACUCAGGAAAACUACUCUCCAUGGUUCUAUGCAUGCAGAUUCAAUACUAUGUGUCCCUCGGUAUAUCCAAACAUAAGUACAUGCUCCUUCUCUGCACUUGUGGCUUGCUUUGUAUGCAUCUGUAACUUUUCUCCUACUUGCAUGUGAUCAGGUUUUUGUGCGCUAAUGUCCACUUUCGACACUUUAAGUGAGGAAGCAAUGAGAGAAACUACUUUUCAGGAAAAUCCUGCCUCUUCAGACAUAUCUGUUUUCCUCCUAGUUAGAAAUUUUGACAAUGUCAUUGCCCAUUUUGUCAACAAAAUGGUCGCUGGAAAGAAAAAAACUGGGUAACAGUUACAGCAAACUGAUUAGAAAUUCAAAUGUCUAUGUUCAACUACAAUUAUGAGUUAAAUCAAGCCUCACUUUACGGAAUAUAAACAGUGAAGCUAACAUUAGCUUAGCUUACACAGAGUUCCAAAUAAUAAUUUGAGAGCAUUGCUACAGCUGCUUCUUUCACAGCUGAGUUUAAUCAUGUUAUUUAAUAACUUAACUCUCCAUUUUUUACUCUUUAAGAGAACAGAGAUUAGCCUAAAUAUUUUCUGCUGACAUUACAA